GUGGACCUGUACCUGCAGCAGCUGGCGGAGCUGGAGCUGCUGUUCUCAGGGGCGCAAGCUGGUGGUGGGGCUGAGAGCCAGGAGCUGGAGGGGAGGAUGCAGCUGGCCGAGGAGAUGCUGCGGACCAUCCUCGGGGAAGCCUUGAGCCUGCAAGCCUCUGACAGGUCUCUGGAAAGCCGCCUGGCCAGGAUGAAGGGGCAAGGAUCCAGCUCCCAGAGCCGCUUGGAUGAGAUUAAAGCGACGGUGGAGAGGCUGAGGUCUCUCGGGAGCCGGUACGAGAGCCACAUGCAAGCCGCCAACACCAUCGAGCAAGCGGCGAAGGCGGCGUGGGAGGACGCGGGGCAUGCGCUGGAGCUGGUACGCGCGGCUGCCGGUUGGUGCUUCUCCAGAGCCCACUAUGGUGCUGGGAUUUUGCCCGCCACAGGCAGGGUGUACGAGGACCUGAAGUCACUUGCUGAAGGCCUGAAGGCUGAGGCUGAUGGGUUGGCCUCCGAGGCAGACAAGGCUUAUCAGGGCAGCCUGGUGCUCCUCAACUCCCUGUCCCGCCUGAUGAAGACCGACAUCGGGUCCUUUGAGGGGGAAGCAACCCGGUUGGAGCAGGACAGCAGCGCUCUCCUGAGCGUGGUGGACACCUACAUGGCACAGUACAGGCAGCUGCAGAGCCGUACGGGGCGCUGGGAGGAAGAAAUCAAGCAGCUGCUGCGAAGGGGAGAGGGCGAGAGAGCGACGCUGACGCAGCUGCUGUCCCGAGCCAACCUCGCCAGGAGCACAGCCCUGCAAGCCAUGAGCGCUGGCAACGCCACCUUCUACGAGGUGGAACAGAUCCUGAAGAGCCUCCGGGAGUUUAACCUGCAAGCAGAUGACAAGAGAAGGGAAGCCGAAGAUGCCAUGAGGAGGCUACCGAUUAUCAGCAGCAUGGUGGCAAGUGCCAGGGAGAAAACGGACCGAGCUGAAACCACCCUGGGCAGCGCCGCUUCCGAAUCCAAGGCGGCCAGCAGCACGGCGGGUGAAGCGAAGGAGAUCACCGUGGGGAUCCAGCAGGAGAUUACGCGGCUGAAGGUGGAAGCCAACAAGACAGCCGAUGGUGUCCUUGUCCUGGAGAAAGCAGUGGCCACCCUGCAGCGCGAGGCCAAGGAAGUGGAUGGUGAAUUUGAGAGGAAGCUUUUGGAGGUUGAGGCAGAUGCUGCUGUGAUACAGGAGACAGCUCAGGAAGCUCAGAGGGUCCAUGGCAAGGCUGGCCAGGCAGGGGUGAUCGUGCAGGAGACGUUGAGCGCCCUGGAAGAGCUGCUGCGUCUAAUGAACCAGCCUGGUGCCGUGGAUCAAGAUGGCCUGAAGCAACUUGAGAUGAAUUUUAGCAAAGCCAAAACGAGAAGCAGCCAGCUGAAGGAUGAGAUGUCGGAGCUGGAGCAGACAGUCGCGCUGCAGAAGGCCCGGGUGCGGACGCUGGAGAGCAGCAUUGACGAGAUCCUGGCGGAUAUUAAGAACCUGGAGGAUAUCCAGAGGAAUCUUCCUCCAGGCUGCUACAACACGAAAGCCAUUGAGUUGCCGUGA